AUGGGCAGCUCAUUUAAUUCCCAGAUUUUAGUGGAGAAGCUCGCCAAGCUCAAUAAUUCUCAAGCAAGCAUAGAGACUUUAUCACAUUGGUGCAUAUUUCACAUGCAUAAAGCAAAACAUGUCGUUGAAACAUGGGCUAGACAAUUCCAUUCUGCUCCACGUGAUCAGCGAGUAGCUUUUCUGUAUCUCGCAAAUGAUAUACUACAAAAUAGUCGUCGAAAGGGCUCAGAGUUUGUUGGCGAAUUCUGGAAGGUUCUUCCAGAAGCUCUUCGUGAUACAAUAGAUCAUGGCGAUGAGUUUGGAAGAAAUGUUGCAAUGCGAUUGAUUGGAAUUUGGGAAGAACGUAAAGUUUUUGGUUCUAGGGGACAAGUUUUGAAGGAAGAGCUUCUUGGAAGACAGCUGGAAAGUAUUCGUAGGAAUGGAAAAAGUCUCGAUUUAAGUUUCAAACCAAAUCAGCCCAUUGAAAGAGCACUGGACAAGAUAGUUUCAGGUUACCAAGCUGUUUACAGUGGCCACGAUGAAGAUGCCGUACUUGGGAAAUGUAGUAGUUCAGUCGCUUAUUUUGAGAAAGUUGAGAAGGAAGUUGGUGACAGUAACUCAGGUCAAUUAGCUGGAUCUGCACUUAUGGAGGACGUGCAGGGCCAGUAUGCUGCUCUGCGGGAUAGCAUGAAGCAAUUGGUGGCCAUCGAAUCAUCCAGAGCAAGUCUCGUGUCUCAUCUUAGAGAGGCACUGCAAGAGCAGGAAACAAAGCUUGAAAACGUUCGGCAUCAACUUCAGGUAGCACGAUCCCUAUCAGACAAUGCUGAGAAGUUAAAUCAGCAGCUGCUCCAUUCUUCGAGCAACUCACAAUUAGUCUCCGAGCAGAACUCAAAAGAAGCCAGUAGUAACUCUGUUGCAGCAUCCCAAACCUUUGCCUCUGGAGACAGAGAACAAAGUGCUCCAUCAAUGUACACCACAAUGCCGUCCAACCCCACCCCAGAGGACCCUAGAAAAUCAGCUGCAGCUGCCAUGGCUGCGAAACUAACUGCUUCAACAUCCUCGGCUCAAAUGCUGUCAUACGUUCUCUCCUCCUUGGCAUCUGAGGGCGUAAUUGGCACACAGCCUGAGAAGAGAGCUAGGCUUGAUAACAACGAGCCUUACAUACCAGCGUCGCAGAAUCCGCAACAGCCUCCUUACCAGCCUGCUGCUGACAUCACCACCACUGCUCAGCAGUCAGUGCCCCCAAACAAUCCUCCACUGCCUUCGUCCCCACCGCCGAUGACGCCACUCCCACCGCCAACUUACUCGAUGCCGCCACCUCCCUACAUACCGAUCAACGGUGGAGGCCCUUAUGGUUAUGGACAGCCGCCGCCCCCUUCUCUACCAGGGUUUCCACCAGUUGGUGGUGGUGCUCCGAUGACUGGGAUGCCACCACCACCAUUUGGAAUGCUGCCACCGAAUUCGUACCAGUAUCAGGGGUCUGAAGGGAAUCGAUACGGGCAACAGCAGUCGUCAAUCCCCAUGGGGCCUGUUUCAAGGCAGUAG